AUGGCUGGAAAAUCUUUCGUUCUAUUCUCGGUCCUUGCACCAGCUUUGGGCGCUGUCCUGCCUCGGGACUCGACCUGGGCGGAUUGGAGCUCCUCGACAACCACCACGACUGUCCCAACUACCACGACGACAACUACAGCUUCGACACAAUGGGAGGAGUGGACCUCAAGCACUACUGCCACUACGCCGACGACCACCACUACCACCACACCGACAACCACCACUACUACCACGCCUACAACUACAACCACUACCACUACCACAACGCCCUCAACUACCACAACUACUACGACCACUCCAGUAACGUCUUCGGAGUGGGAGGAGUGGACCUCGACGACCACGACUACCAAGCCCAUCACCACCACCACUACCCCGGCCGCAUCUUCUUCGCAAUGGGAGGAGUGGACCUCGACUUCCACCACGACCAAGCCUACAACUACGACGACUACCUCUGCCUCGUCGGAAUGGGAGGAGUGGACAUCGACCACAACUACCACCAAGCCUACAACUACGACCACCACCCCUGCCUCCUCAGAAUGGGUUGAAUGGACAUCCAGCACCACCACCACUCCGCUGAAAGUGGUUUCGACCACCCCAUCUUCAGAAUGGGCUGAGUGGACCUCGACUACCACGACUACCAAGCCCACAACUACCACCACCACCACCACCACCACCACUCCUGCCUCGUCGGAAUGGGAGGAGUGGACAUCCACUACCACCUCAGUCAAGACCACCACGACUCCUGCCUCGUCACAAUGGGUUGAAUGGACGACCACCACUACUCCUGUGAAGGUCGCCACGACCACUUCUGCUUCAGAGUGGGCUGAGUGGACGAGCACUACCACAACCCCCGUGAAGGUCGUUACGACUACUUCGCCAUCUUCCGAAUGGGUUGAGUGGACAUCAGCUACCACCACUACCAUCAAGACGACCACCACCACCCCCGUCAGCGUCGCGACAACUACCCCUGCCUCUUCGGAAUGGGUCGAGUGGACUUCUACCACGGUCAAGGCCACACCUACCACACCCGUGAGCGUUGCUACCACGACUGUUGCCUCGUCGGAAUGGGUUGAGUGGACUUCUUCCAGCACCACAGCUAAGACCACCACAACCAGCCCCGUGAGCGUUGCUACUACGACUGUUGCCUCUUCCGAGUGGGUUGCAUGGACUUCCACCACAACUCCCGUCAAGGCCACGACCACUACCCCGGUCAGCGUUGCUACCACGACCGUUGCCUCUUCUGAGUGGGUUGAAUGGACUUCCACCACAACUCCAGUCAAGACCACGACCACUGCCCCGGUCAGCGUUGCUACCACGACCGUUGCCUCUUCCGAGUGGGCUGAGUGGACUUCUUCUUCUACCACUGUCAAGACUACCACCACCACACCCGUGAGUGUUGCCACCACCACUGUCAAGACCACAACGACCACCCCUGUGAAGGUUGCUACAACCACUCCAUCCUCGCAAUGGGUUGAGUGGACCUCAGCUUCCACUACACUCGUCACCUCGACAAAGCCAGCAGUAAGCUCCACCACCACAACUGUGACUCCUGUGGCUGCCACUAGCACAUGGGGUGAGUGGAAGGCUGCCACCACCACUUCUCAAUGCGUGGCCUCCACGAUCACCGUGACCCCUGCCGCAGUUACCGUCACUGUAACUCCUGCCGCCGUCACAGUCACGGUAACUCCUGCAGCUGUCACCGUCACUGUCACCCCAAGCCACAACUCGACCACUACCACCGCCUCGACCACCUCUUCUUAUAGCUGGGCUGCCGAGAGCAAGACAGCCAGCUGGGGUGAUUGGUAA